GUUCUGACAGGAAGGCGACAAGUUUUGUGAUACCAGCCACCCGAACCAGACGUGCUCGUCUUUGUACUGUCUACUGAUAUUUUGUGAACCAACUCACCAGUCUACUUAGACCAUUUUCUUUCAGAGGCCGAGACAUACUAUGUAAUUCAAGUUUGGACAAUUCAGUUAUUGUUGGCUGAAGACGAGAGCCAUGGGAUUGAUUGGUGGUGACUCUGAAACUGAAAAAGAGACUUGGUGUGUUGAUGGGAGUGAUGAUGAAAAGUACGACCCUACAAAGUCAGGAAAAGGUGUGUGGGAACCUACUCCAAAGGAUAUCCUACAAUUGUUUGAGAAAAUUGAAAAGGAAAAAGUUUUGGAAUUGAAUUGGAAAUGUCCUGGUCGACGACCACCAAAGGGAACAGAAGAAGAAGAUAUGGAUGCCACCCAGGAUCCAAGCAUUGAGGCGGAGCCAGAGGAGGCAGAAGAGGAACCAAAGCCACAACAACCAACAGAAUUUGAUUUUGAAGAAGAUGAAUUUGACACUGCCACAAAGGUGACACCAAGGAGAACUCCAGGUGUCAAAACUCCAAAGUCUCAGAAAAAGGUUGCCCGAAUGGACAAAGUGUUACAAGACAUGAUGAUGCAGCGCAUACAAAAUGCUGCAGAGAAACAGGCGAGACGUCAAGGACGAAGCCCCGGCAGCACCCCCUCUGGUCGGGUCAGAAUGGGAAUGUCUCCAGGGUCAGGAGGUCACAGAUCCCCAGGGUCCUCUCCAGCCUCAUCACCAGCCCCUGUCAGACCUGGUUCCUCACCAGGUCUGAGGCCAACACGACCAGCCAUGAACAUGCCCACACGCCCCCCAAUGGAUGCAGGUUCAACUACACCAGUUCGUUCAAUGCCCUCUUCAGAUAUUUCCCAGGCUGCACAGUCAUGGUCAACAUCCAACACAAAUGUCAAUGCAACUCCACCAGCCAUGGCAAGACCCAACAAGGAUUCGGGAAAUCCCCCUGUUGGAAUUCCCCAUGGAGCAAAUCUUCAGACUUCCUAUGGCUCAGCAAUGUCCUCUGUGAUGGCCCCUCUACCUUCAGAAAAUGUGCCUGCUAGUCACGCUUUGACAGCCACUCCUACUGGCCAGAGGGCUGUGACGGACACUGUGAUGAGUGGAGCCAGAGAUCCCCCGCCACUCCCCCCUCCCCCUCCCCCUGAUGGAGGUGGUAUGUGAAAAGUGUUCUCAUGUUUUACUUUUACCAAUGAGGAAGAAACAAGUGUGUGCAAUCUUUCUGUUUAACAACAAAAGUAAGAUUGUUUAAUUUGAUAUCUGUGGAAAUGUAGUGUUCAUCUUAACGUGGUGUUAAUCUUUACAUUGAAUCUCCUCUAGGAUGUUUUAUAUGGGAGACAUAAGUGUGUCAUAAUUUUAUUGAUCAAUCAUACUGCAAAACACCACAUUCCAAAUAGAGGACAUUGUUUGUAACGGGAUCUUAUUUUAUAAUCUCAUUUAAAAAUCUUCUACAUUUGUCUUAACCAUAAUCAUCCAGUGUCGAGUCAUAGUUAACACUAAAUUACAGUUAGUCAUUUGUAAACCCAAGACUUGCAUUAAAGUGUUUAAGUUUGUUGUUUUGAUAAAGCUGUAUAACCAUACAGUAUAUGUUAUGUCUGUUCUACUGAGGUAGUGUGGUCUUCAAUAAAAACAAAUCAUGUUAUCUUAGUGUGAGGUUAGGUAAUCCAGGUUUGUUGCUGAAGAUGAAGACAGUUUGGAGUUGUGUAGUCAUUGUAUUGUAAAAACCUUUUAAACUGAACAUCUGUAGACAUUAAAAUGAUGUUUGAUAUAUA